AUGGACUGCCACGUGACGGUUGCUCACCAGAGUGACGGGACGUGCACCGAGUACGCCCACAUCAAACUCGUCGACAUCAGGGACAAGUUCCUCGUCAUCAAACUCUCACCGGCCGAUGGACUCGGGAGCCUCAAUGUCACGGUGAGUGAGCGACGAAUCACCUGCACACACGUGGACGGGCGGAUGGGUCGUGUGGCGGUGUUUUUGAUAUAUGUGCGUCAGAUUCCCUCUCAGUCUGUCAAGGAGAUCAUGAAGACCAAGGGGGACGUCCAGGGCAUCACCUGCAUCGAGACUGGCAGCCACCGCCAGGUCAACUUCUACCCCCAGCCAGACCAGCUCAGGGCCUUCUUCGCCAGGUUCCCCCAACUCAAGCCGCCCGACGUCAAAGACAGCGCUCUGCUCACACGCAAACGAGGUUACCAUCACACCAACACACCACACCCCCCACACCAUUCACCACCCCACCACACUCCUCUCUCUGUGUGUCUGUGUGUGUCCAUCCAUUCCAUCCAUCAAUCCAUCGGUCAGGUGACGAGAACCCCAACGGCGAUGGAUUCGUGCCGAACCCCCACAUGAUGUUUUCCACGUCGUCCAGCAGCCAGAUGAUGGGCCAGGGCAACCACAACUACAACAGCAGUAGCUACAUCCCGCCUGCACGCGGGCAGCCUGACGUCAACCCCGGACCGCCACCGCUGGGCGGCGCCAUGGGCGGCAUCCCCCUGCAGCAGGGGCCCGUGCUGUUCAAGCCACGUGACCGAAACAAAGACCAACGCGCAAACGCCCUGCACUCGUCAGGUAAGCUACCCUCCCCUCUCCCCAUCCCUCCCCCCGUCCACAUCGCCCACCCAGCACACACUAGGCGUGUUGUCCACUGUCACGGCAACAGGUGGGAGCGCUGCUGGACGGGGAGGUGGCGGUGGUGGCGGGGGAGGUGGUGGUGGUCGGGGUGGUUACCGUGGCCAGCCAGAUGCCGACGAAGACAUGAUGAUGAUGCCUGAGAGCUCGCCCCCGACACAGACGCCCACUAACCGCAACAAACGCGUAAGGCUCCACUGACCACUGGAUGGCACACACAAGCCGGUCACUCCCCCGUGUGUGUGUGUGUGUGUGUUUAUGUCAGCGAAUGGAUGUCGACGGCGGGGCGGCUCAGUGGGGGGCGGGCGGUGCUGUGGGACCGAAUGAGAACGACAACAGUGCACAGCAUAGCAACGCGGUGCGCACAAGUCGACAGACACACACACAGACACACAAAGGAGCUCAUUGUUGUGGGUCAAUCACUGGUCAGGUGCCUGCUGAUGACGGCGCUAAGAGGCGUAGACGCGUAGACAUCAGCCGUACUGCUGCUGCUGCUGGUGGCCAUAGCGGAGGUACGCAAAGCAUCAGCUGCUGUUGGUGGACUGCACAUCGUCAUGACCGUCCUGUGCUGUGUUAUGGUGUCUUCAGGUGGGUCGAUUGGUGCGGGUGGUGCUGCGGCAGAGUCACAGCAGCAGCAUGAGGGGGGCGGCAGCUCACUGUCGGCAGAUCUGACGGCCCCCACAAUGCAGCACCCCCACCAGCAGCAGCAGCAGCAGCACCCCGUGUGGUACGUCCUCGCCCACCGCGGCAGCGAUUUCCUGCUGCGGGAUGUGCUGCGUCUGAGGGAGAGCUGCAAAUGGGCCAGAGGCCUUUUCGGAGCGCCUCAGCUGCGGCAGCGACUCAGCCAUGAGCUCGGCACACAGGCGGGGCUGCGGCGGACGGUGAAUGGGAAUGUGGUGCAGCUGCUGACAUUCGACGACCAGCAGAUGGGCGAGGGUGACCUGCUGGCGGCGCUGUGUGUGACGGAGGCGGGCGGCUGGAGUGAGAUGAGCGAGGCGAUCGAGCUGGCGGGGCAGUGCGGCAACUGCCAGCUGCCUGUGAGGCUCACUGCCGCCGAUCUGCACCAAUACCCAAACAAGACGGUAAGCCAACCGAGGGAGGGAGGGAGGGAGGGAGGGAGAACGGAUGGCUCUCAAUCGGUGUGUGGUGUGUUGAUGUGUUGUGUAUGCAGGUGUAUUUGGCCGACCCCCGUGUGUUGGCUCAGCUCAAGAUGGUCUGCCCCCACAUCGACUUCGGCGACGGCGUGAGCUUUCGGCUGUUCCAGCACGGCAACACAGUGCGGGCCAUCCAGGAUUAGGACGGCUUCGAGCUCGACACCAACCCGCCCUUCCCUGCCAACCACCCCUACCAGCAGCACCGACAGCCGCACGACCCGCCCGUCCGCAGCAGGAUCACAGGCUGGGAGUCGCAGCCUCAGUCGCUGCUUCAUGUCGACUCCGCAUCUGUGUCGUCGUGUGUUAAGAAGAUCGUCCUCAACCACUUCAGGGGGACUCACCAGAUCAACAGCACUUGCCGUAAUAUCGACAGGUGAGGCGGGGCAUCACUGUGUCAGGGCACUGCCACGACACACGAGAUGUAUGUGUGUCUUCAUUGGUCAGGCAUAUCGACAACGGCCGGCUGGACACCCUCAUGACACAGUCCCCCCACACACCAGUGGAGAGAUGCACCACCACCACAUCGGAGUGGUCAGCUAUCGGCUUCACUUACCGUCGUCUCGUGUUGACCAACACUGGCCACCCGUUCGUCGCGUGGAUCAACGUCAACGAGCACACCAACACCGGUCAGCCCAGCCCGGCACAGCGAGGGGGAGGAAUGCGGUGCCACUCUCAUCUCUGUCCUCUCUUGUCAUCCAUUUGCAGUGGAGGUGUAUGUGUGCAUCAACACGACCGAGUCGGCUGUGUCUGGUGUGGGUGGCGCCUUUAAGGUCCACUUCCCGGUGACCACUCGGCUGGCGCGUGCGGUGCUGGAGACCAUCAUCUCAGCCAGGAUCUUCGACCGAUAG